AUGGGUCACUCUCAGGAGCUCAGUGAAUUCGAGUGUGGUACCGUGAUAGGUUGCCACCUGUGCAAUAAGUCCAUCUGUGAAAUUUCCUUCCUACUAUUCCUUCCCACAGUCACCUGUUAGUGGUAUUAUAAUAAAGUGGAAGCAACUGGGAACAACCGCAACUCAGCCAUGAAGUGGUAGGCCAUGUAACAUGACAGAGCGGGGUCAGAGCAUGGUGAAACACACAGUGCACAUAAGUCACCAACUUAAAGCGAACCCUACCAAGACAUUUUGGACAAUUUCAUGCUCCCAACUUUGUGGGAACAGUUUGGGGAUGGCCCCU